AUUCUGGUCCGUGUCCCAUCACGCCGUCGAUUUACCAAAAUCUGUUUCUCUACACUGAGUUAAGAGCCACUUUACUUGGUCCUCAUUCUUGAAUCGGUUUCAGCUCUUGUUGAUUCUCCCUUUGUGGUUCCAUGGAAUUCACUCAAUCACGUAUCAAGUCGAAUCUUCUCUGUCAACUGUUGGUUAUGUAGAAAUAUUGAUUAUGUGUUCAGUUGACUUUUCUAUUUCUAUUUGAAUCUAAUGGCUCGGUCUCACUGGUUUGCGCUUCUCGUUGCAUUUUCUUGUCUUGUACGAGCUCUAAACGCUAGCGAUGGGGAUGCUGAUCCUGUUUACCGGUCUUGUGGUUGGAACUGAAACUAACGCAAAACUCGUGCCCACGAAUUUGCAAAAAGUUUUUUCUUUAAUUAGAUCUAAACUUCUUUUGAUGGAGAAAAGUUCUAAUGCUGAGGCAACAAGCCAGGUACAACUCGAAAACCAGAUUAGAGAACAAAAGGGCUUGCUUGGAGCAUUGUAAGAAAACUGGGUGCGCAGGGGAGAAAUGCUUUCAGCAUUGUAAAUUUUCAUCUGAUGGGAAACCUGUUGAUGGGCCCUGGUAUCUGCAAGAACCACUUUAUUUGAAAUGGAAACAAUGGAACUGCCAUAGUGACUGCUGCUACCACUGUAUGCUUGCCAGGGAGGAAGAAAGAACACAAGCUGGUCACAAGCCUCUUAAAUAUCAUGGGAAAUGGCCAUUUCAGCGUGUUUAUGGGAUCCAGGAACCUGUUUCUGUAGCCCUCUCUGCAUUAAAUCUUGCCAUUCAAUUUCAUGGAUGGGUAUCAUUUUUCAUCCUUAUAUACUACAAGCUGCCUUUGAGGCCAAAUAAGAAGACAUACUAUGAAUAUACCGGCUUGUGGCACAUUUAUGGGCUCCUCUCAAUGAAUGCCAUGUUUUGGAGUGCUGUUUUCCACUGUAGAGAUGUUGAGUUGACAGGGAAGCUUGAUUAUUCAUCUGCUGUGGCAUUAAUUGGGUUUUCCCUAAUUCUAGCCAUAUUGCGAGCUUUCCAUGUGAGAGAUGAGGCUGCCAGGGUCAUGAUUGCUGCUCCAUUGAUCGCGUUUGUGACAACACACAUCUUGUAUCUGAAUUUCUAUCAACUUGAUUAUGGUUUAAAUAUGAAAGUUUGCAUGGCCAUGAGUAUAGCUCAGCUUCUUAUUUGGGCAUUUUUGGCUGGUCUUAGUUACCAUCCAUCUCGGUGGAAAUUGUUGGCGACAGUUGUUGGAGGAAGUCUUGCCAUGCUUCUGGAAAUAUGUGACUUUCCCCCCUAUUGGGGUUAUGUGGAUGCUCAUGCCCUCUGGCAUGCCACCACCAUCCCUCUUACGUAUCUCUGGUGGAGCUUUGUCAAGGAUGAUGCUGAGUUGGGAACAACAACUCUCCUUAAGAAAGUGAACUAGCACCUCCUUGCCUAUCUGAUUGUGCUGUUGAUUUUAUCCAAAGUAUUUUACAUGAGUCUCUGUGCAUGCCAACUUUUUUGUGACUUGUUUGCAUUUUUAUCAAAGGGCCCGUUCCUUUGUUCUUGCAUUCAAAUUGGUGGUGUUGGCUUUGUUUCUACAGUAUGGGAUAGAUACUGUAAUGGAAUCCAUGUACCUAGAUUAGCAUGUGUCAUUUAGUGAGAAUCUUGCUUGGUACAAAAAUAACAAAACUCGUUGCAACUAAGUUUCAUUGUAAAUUUUGUCAUUUGCAUUAGCAUUACCUUUUGUUCAGCUGGUUUGCCGGGUAGCCGAGCUUGCUUUUAACGAAUUUUCUAGAUACAUGGCUGCUUCUUUUUUCUUUUUUCUUUUUCCUUUUUUUUUUUGUUUUGUCAUUAAACUGAAGCAGGUGGCAGUAUAAUAGGCCAGCUCACGUGUUGGUCAUUGGAACGAUGAGGCUUGGUUCUUGUUAUCAGCUUAUAUUUGAUGUUUUGAUUUUGCUCGAGUUUGAAAUUUAACACGCGGUAUCAGAUAGUGAGCUGAAUCUAUGGAAUCCUGAAGGAAAGACACUGCUUCUCUGGAGGCUGUAAAAUGUUAUAUAUAUACCAACACUGCUUGUUAUUGAUGAAUCUGUCCAGUUGCAAAAAACAGAGCUGGGAAUCCUGUUUCUUACUCGAAACAACUUACUACUACCUGAAGCAACAAAGCUGGGAAAGUUUUGGCGGGCAAUUGCAGCUGGGAUGCAUGUUUCUAAUUGCUGACUGAACCUUUCUUGAUUAGGUUAGUGCAAUGUGAUAAGAGGGUUCCUAGGGCUAGAGAUUAGUGGUUGUCUUAUACUACUGAAUUUCUUAGAUGUGAUUUCAAUUUUUUCUAGUCGUGUUUUUUUCCUUGUUCGAUUAGCAAGAGAGCUGUUUUGGAGUUGCCGUGUCUAGGCAACCUCGUUUGUACCCUGGAAAAACUUAGUAUAUUGUUAGUCGCACCUUUGUGUCCUGCGCGUACAAGAAUUAACAGAUCACUGAAGGUACAACGAGCAAAUGACUAUAUGAGUUAACAAUAACACCCACAAAAAUUUGAUAUUACCCUUUUGCCCUUCAAUAUUCUCCAAUAGUAUCGCCCGUACUGCCCCAAUAAUAUCAAGUACGGUCUCGUUUGAGAUUCUAAUCAUAAAAAGAUAUUUUGUACUAGCCAUGCUAUCUAGUUAGUAUCUACACAUUAACUCGCAUGUGUAUGUAUUGGACCGAAUCAAAAUUAUAUUGAAUAACUCCA